AUGAAUGAUGGAAGCAGCAGUCCUUCUAUGGGCUGGAAGAACUGGCCAGUCAUUUCUGCCCAUGAGGACCUGUGGGGUAUGGACCCACAAGCCAGGAAGAUCACUGAACUCUCGGUUCCACAAAGUAGCCGAUCCUCUGGUGCUGACAGGGGCAAAUGGGCAAUCCAGAGGAGAGAGACUGCUAGCCAAGAGGUACUUGAGAAGAACUGUGGAAAAGGAAUAGGUACCACAGUCCUGGCAACAAGGGCCCACCUCUUCAGAUACUGCCCGACCGUUCAGAUCAGCCAGAGCUGCCCGGCCCCACCUGCUGCUGUGCCUCUCAAGGCAGAGACGUUUGUUUGGGGUAACACUGCAUCAGCACAUUCCCAGAGUGUUGCCAAGGCCAAGUACGAAUUUCUAUUUGGGAAGUCAGAAGAGAAAUCUCCAGAUACUAGUGAUCAUGGAGGAAGCACUUUACUGCCACCAGCUGUCACAAACGAAUUUCCAGAAUAUGGGACCAUGGAAGGAGGAGAAGGCCUUAAAGCCUCUCUAGACCUUGAUGCAAAGUCUCUGCCAUGCUGCUCACCAGAGCAGCAGGCAGUCCACCUUCUUGCUGGACAAGACUCUGUGCUCAACAGUGUUACAGAAGGACCAAAUGAUGCCUCUCAGUGUCACCCUCAGGAACAAAGUUUACAGCCCAUUGACUCUUUAAUUUCUGCUCUGAAAGCUACAGAAGCCAGAAUAGCUUCAGGAACAUUUCAGGCUACAAAGGUACUGGACAAAGAUGCUGAUUUUUCAGUUCAGCAGGUGGAUAAAGAGCUGAGUACUGCCAGUCAUAAGUCUCAGAGAGCCCAUAGAACAUUCCCUGCUGGCCCAAGAAAAUCACCAGAUUUACCUCUUUCAGUGGAAGUACCAACAGAGGGACAUUUUUCGUUGAACAUCCAGGAGGAUCUCACUGCACUCUUACCUGAAGAAGCUCAGGCGGAACUGUCGCAGAUAACUAAUUACAGGAGACAAGGACCUCUCUGGGUACAGGAGUCAGUAUGUCCUGUGUCCUCCCUGCGGAGCUCAAGAGGGAGCCAUAACCCUGUGGACAGAGUUGAUGUUCUGAAAGAUCGGAGGUCUGAUCUCGUAAGGGAGCACCCUCGAGGAUGUGAUUCCGGUGGCUUCAUGGGACGUCAAGGCCGGAUCAAACAUGUAGAGUUUCAAGGAGUAGAGAUUUUGUGGACAGGAGAGAAGGCGGAGACCCAGCAUCCUGUAGGCACUGAGACUUCACCAGAAAGGACGGCUUCUCCUGUGAGCAAGGAGCUUGCCAAAGGGCCAAGCCAUUACAGCUCAGCUGCUGGUUUGUGCAGCAAUUCUGUUAAUUUAGUUGAGAAUGUCUGGGAUGAAACCUGGAAAGUUCCUUCAGCAAGGCCUGGCACGAGCUUAGGGACAUUGUCCCCUGUGCCUCUUGGUGAGAGUGGAGAGGAUGAAGUCUUCCUGAGGGAAAGCAAAGAACACCUUGAGAAGAACCUUGAUAUUCAGGGAGAUAAAGAAAGGUUUCUCGAACAAGAGGAGCACCUUAGGGGAGGAGGAGAGGAUGAUAUUCUCGGGCCCGGGUAUAUGGAGGACUCCACUGAUGUGUACAGCAGCCAGUUUGAAACCAUCCUGGACAGCACCUCCUUAUACUACAGUGCAGAGUCGCUGGAGACGCUGUACUCAGAGCCUGACAGCUAUUUUAGCUUUGAAAUGCCGCUGACCCCAAUGAUCCAGCAGCGCAUUAAAGAAGGCGGCCAGUUCUUGGAGAGGACCUCUAUGGGAGGACGUCAGGAUGUCCUGAGUGUGUCGGCAGAUGGUGGGAUAGUGAUGGGCUAUUCUCCGGGGAUCACCAACGGACUGCCUGAGUCUGCUAACUCUAUCUACACGAAAGGCCCUCAAGAGAUUGCCUUCUGGGGAAGUGGUGGCCAUAGCCAUGCUGAGGUGAAAACACAGCCAGAUGCUCAUUCUGAAAUGGGGAGCACCGAAAUUCUGGAGAAAGAGACCACAGAAAGUCUCAGUAAUGGUACUAACAGCAACGUGGAAGCAGCCAAACGAUUGGCCAGACGCUUAUACCAUCUAGACAGAUUCAAAAGAUCGGACGUUGCAAAACAUCUAGGCAAAAAUAAUGAAUUUAGCAAACUAGUUGCAGAAGAGUAUUUGAAAUUUUUCGAUUUCACAGGGAUGACGCUGGAUCAGUCUCUCAGGUAUUUCUUUAAAGCAUUUUCUCUUGUGGGAGAAACCCAGGAGCGUGAAAGAGUAUUAAUACAUUUCUCCAAUAGAUAUUUUUAUUGUAAUCCAGACACUAUCACCUCACAAGAUGGAGUCCAUUGCCUCACCUGCGCUAUGAUGCUGCUCAACACAGAUCUGCAUGGCCAUAAUAUUGGAAAGAAGAUGACCUGCCAAGAGUUCAUUACAAAUCUCCAAGGAGUAAAUGAAGGUGUGGAUUUCUCCAAGGAUCUUCUGAAAGCCUUGUACAAUUCAAUCAAGAAUGAGAAGCUUGAAUGGGCAGUAGAUGAUGAAGAGAAAAAAAAAUCUCCCUCAGAAGGUACUGAUGAGAAGGCUAAUGGAACACACCCAAAGACUAUCAGUCGUAUUGGGAGUACAACUAACCCAUUUCUGGACAUUCCUCAUGACCCAAAUGCUGCUGUAUACAAAAGUGGAUUUUUGGCUCGCAAAAUCCAUGCAGAUAUGGAUGGAAAGAAGACUCCCAGAGGAAAGCGGGGAUGGAAAACCUUCUAUGCUGUCCUGAAGGGAACCGUUCUGUACUUACAAAAGGAUGAAUAUAAACCAGAGAAGGCUUUGUCAGAAGAAGACUUGAAAAAUGCCGUGAGUGUGCACCACGCCCUAGCAUCCAAGGCAACUGACUACGAGAAGAAGCCAAACGUGUUUAAACUCAAGACUGCUGACUGGAGGGUCUUGCUCUUCCAAACCCAGAGUCCAGAGGAAAUGCAAGGCUGGAUAAGCAAAAUUAACUGUGUUGCAGCUGUAUUUUCUGCUCCACCAUUCCCAGCAGCCAUUGGCUCUCAGAAGAAAUUUAGCCGCCCACUUCUGCCAGCUACCACAACAAAAUUAUCCCAGGAGGAGCAGCUGAAGUCCCAUGAAAGCAAGCUGAAGCAGAUCACGACUGAGCUAGCUGAGCACCGCUCAUAUCCCCCAGACAAGAAGGUCAAAGCCAAGGAUGUCGAUGAGUACAAGCUCAAAGAUCACUAUCUGGAGUUUGAGAAAACCCGUUAUGAAAUUUAUGUCAACAUUCUGAAAGAAGGAGGCAAGGAGCUCCUGGGUACAGAAGGAAACGAGGCAGUGGGACUAAAGAAGUCACACUCAAGUCCUUCCCUGAACCCAGAUGCAUCUCCGGUCACUGCCAAGGUCAAGCGCAACGUGUCAGAGAGAAAGGACCACCGACCUGAAACACCAGGCAUUAAGCAAAAAGUUACUUAGAAUCUGUCCACGGCCAGGAAGUGCUGGUCAUGGAGCAAAAAGAGGUUUUCAAGAUCUUUCUGGUAAUCCGUGAAUAUAUUUAAACAAAUAGUCUGUGACUAAACGGUGCAUUAGUGACCUUUUAUAUUGUAUAUUUUUGUUAGUUUCUGUACAGAUGUCUUUGCUCUUGAGUUUCUUGCUUUGAGGAUUUGGGCAACUUUAUAACUAAUGCACCUUUUGUGAGGGGCAGAGGAUUGCAGAUCCUUUCUCCUUCUGCUUUCUCUUAUUUGCACUUCUGCACAGUUACUUUAUGUAUUUCCAGUCAACUGUUGUACUUUUUUUUUUUAGGUUUAAAUUUUUACUCCCUUGUGAAAUACAUAACUGGACAAGCAUUGUGCUUUAGUAAAUCCUAGACUUUCCGUGUGAAAUCCUGCCCGGUCACGGGGGCGACGUUGAAUGCUCACAGAUGCUCUCAUCAGCUUGGCAGUGCUGGGAGUCCAGGUGUUCCAGGGUGGUGCACUUCAUUCAUCCUGGCCCCUGUUGUUCAGUGCUGGACACAGGAAAAGUGGACCAUGAAGAGGACAGGACUGGAGGGAGACCUUAGGAGGCACAGGAGUCUGCCUCAGGUGUGGAUUCCUUUCCAGCCACACACGGGAAAGCAGAUGUGGAGUCAUCUUGCCUGAAGGGAGGCUGAGGGCGAUUGAUACCAAGCUACUUCUGUUUUCUGGAGGAUGGUGGCAGUAAUCAGCCCUUUGGGCGCUGCAAGCUGCAGCUGUAUGGUGUGUGUUCUUCUAUAGGAAUGUGUUACCUCACUCCCAUGGGGUCUAAACUAGGAAUCAGAAUCAUCUCUGUCAUAGAUACCCUUCCAGCCAGGAAUAGAUUCAUUUUUGCAUAGAUGUGCAGGCACUGAUCGUGUCCUGGUUGAAACAAAAUAAUGUGGGAAAUGGAUGCCCCCCCCUUCUUUUCUUUGCUACAUCAGGACAAAUAAGGAGCAAACACAACUACAGUUCUUCCUCCGCCAAUCUGGCCAUAGUGACUGAAGACGGGGGAAUCUGAUGAUUUGUGUGCCGUUCCUUAGCUUAUUCUCAUCUCCAUCUCUGUAGCCAUUUUACUUGGUCAUUAUUGUGAUUGCUAUGGUUUCACCGUACAGUCAAACAGCCCCUUUAAAGUCCAAGGUCUGAAGUAGAGUAGUGCCUGUAGAGGAAGAGAAAGGAAUAGAAAAGGUGAGUUUCCUCUAUGGCUCAAAACUCUCAGGUUUCCAGCCUUGAAACUGUAUCCUCCAAAACUAUCUUCCCUACCACAUAUCUUCAAAACUAACAGGAUGACUUUUGAAUAUUCUUAUUGUCCUUACACAUUUUCUCUGUUUCUGAUUGGUUAGUUGAAGGUACUAUGACCAGAGAAUCAGCUGCUCUUGCAUGAAUAGCAUGAUUCCAGUAAGUUAGAGAAAGCCCGUUAGAGAAUCAUGGUAGUUUAUAGAGACAUCUCGUUAGAAUAUCCUAGCAUUUAGUUACAGGAUUAGGUAUUAACCUGCACCUCUUUCCACUCUGUACAUGUCUCUCUUGCCUGUGUCCAGGAAUAGGAACUCCUCUCCAAACUAGCUGCUUGUUUCACGGCAUUCUGCCACACUAUUGAAAGAUUUCUUUUAACUUCUAUCUUGUUUAGGUGAAAGCAGUUGACUUAAUUUAUAUUUUAGAACCGUGAAGCUGACAUGGGGAGUUACCAUUGUGGUUCAUGUACCUGAACUAUUUCAUAGCUUCCUACCGAUUCCAAUAUUUCCUGGGCAAGUUGCCUUUCUUUUGAUGAGUUAUCAGUGUCUGCUUUUUAGCUAAGUAUUUGUUGUCCCUGAAGGGAAAGAGGUACCAAGACCUUUGAGUCUUGAGCAUCAUCUUUGAGCAUCAGUAGCUGAAGAACAGUGAACAUGUUUGAGUGUUUGUCCAGAGUGUGUGUCUAUAUGUGUAUAGAAUGUUUGUGCGUUCUUACCUAGAAUAUCUAGUAUACAUUGAAUGGUACCUUGCUGCAGUUUCUGGCAUGGAGAACAGUCUGAGAAUACCCAUAGCAUCAGCACUGCCAUGGUCCCUCCUACAGGACUCACAGGUGUUGACUCCAGAACUUAAGGUCGUGCUUAUAGAUACUCAGAUAGCAAAGUCACUUUCAAAGCUGUGGACUAUGGUGUCUGCAUGAUUUAUCUUGAAAAAUAACUAUAGCAUUCUUCUGUGAGGUAGAAUCUCGGCCUGCCCCAGUGUAAUGUAAUGUAAGCCUUGGGGGGGGGGGUAGGCUUAAAAUGUGUCUUCCCCGAGGCUUCUGGAAGGAUGCUGCCUGCUAAGAAUGCACAGCAGGCUGUUUAGCCUAUGGUAGGAAACACCUCUGAUUCGAUGGGACUCUGGUCCAUAGCCAACCCCUUUCCAUACAGUAUUUAGUCAUAAGAAAUGGAAGGUGGUCCUUGUUGCCCAGCGCAUGGUACAGGGAGCUCUCCUCCCCCUCCUUUCCAUGGUACUUCAUCCUACCCCACCUAUACCUACAUUCAUCCCUACCUCAGUGCCCUGGAGCCUUGGAGUUCCUCUCCAUAUGAUAAAUAUUAUCUGCUUUACCUUAAUUCCCUUAAUAAAGAUUUUCAGUGUAGAGGGUCUCAAGUCAUCCAAAGCUGAUGAUCUGUAGUCUUGUUGUAAACUGACCCUGUAUAAAAUGUGUAUAUUGUGGGGUUCACCCUACCUCACACGCUGACUUCUAAAAAAGGGUUGCCAGGAACUCAAUUUUAGAGAUUAAGAUCUAUUCACUACCACCCAAAGUCCUUCUUUUAUUGGUAUAUCAUUGUCAUUACUGAAAUGUACUUUUAAAAAAUACAUCACUUACCUAACUCUGAGCAAGGUCUAAUAAGUCAAGUGUUAGUUAUAUACAUUACAAUUAAUCAUAGUGAAACCAGUAUGGGGGGGGUACUCUGGUCAAAACAUUCUGCAUCUCAUCUGUGGAGUGGGCAUCUUAGAACCAUCAGCUCAUUGCAUGUGGAAAGUUUAUAGAUUAUGUGUAGCUUUUUUAAAUUGCUCUUAGGUAAAUAAGAUGGAGCCAUUUUCUCAUGCAACAAUCUUGUGAAGUUUGUAAGGCACUCGGUGUCCCUCCAUUGACUUCCCUCAUGCUGAAGGUAAGGACUGUUUCCCAGGCAAAUGUAAUGUGAAGGGUUCUGGAAGAGAAGAUCUUGCUUGUUUUUAAAGACCCGGCUAGAUUUGUGUUAUAGUCUACUUGGGAAGCUGAGUGCAGGAAGUCACACUCCUUUGCCUUCUCCCCUUUAUCAUGUAGAAGCAAGAAUAAGGGGCCAUGCUCUGAAAUAAGGAAGGACCGUCCUGAAAUGCACGCCUCAUCUGCCUUGUUGAUUAGAAGUCAUUCAUACCUCUUUUUGUCUUCCCAAGCUAGAAGGGCUUUGAAGAAGCUAACUGUGGAUGGGAUUUUAAUUCUUUGGUAAUUUUUUUUUCUAGUCAGCAUCAGUUAAGCCUCCCUUGAUAUUAAGUUUCUUAGUUUUGAACAUUUGGGUUAGCUUUUAUGGAUGCAAGAUUUUAUCAGGUCAGUAGCUCCCUUCCUGGUUUUAUCAGAGAAUAAUUCCUUUGCAAGUUCAGAUGACAGCGUGCUCUUCCUGUGGAAAGCUCACACUAGACCCCCAAGUAGAAUUGUAGCAUCAGUGAAACCUGGACUCUGGUUCAAGAACAGUGAUGCAGCUUGGGGUUUGAAUCGCAUCUGCUUUUGUGUCCGAGCUUUGUGUCACUCAGACAGAAACAGAACAGUCAACUUUGUAGGCAGAGCAUCUCCCUUGCUCCAGGACUUCUAGGGCAGCAGAAAUCCCCCCACUCACUCUUGACAUCUGCUGUCAUCUUGCCAUCCAGAUGAUGUUAUCAAUCCAUAUAAAAUAAUCCCUGAUCUAUUGCUGAGGUCCUUUGUCACUGCAUAUCCUUCCAGAUUCUUCCUCCAUGCUUCACACGUAACAAGACUGACAUCUGACGUCAUUCACAUUCUGCAUCUGUGGAGUGGGCAUCUUAGAACCAUCAACUCAUUGCAUGUGGAAAGAAUGUCAGUAAAUACUUGAAUCUGCAUGGCAGUUUGCUGAUUGUAUGCAAGAGCAAGGAAUAAAGCAAGUUACUUGUACAUACAGUAGGUUUCCUUAGGUCUUGUGGGCACAUCCUUUAUAAUUUAUAUGUAUAUCUGUUAUAGUGCAUAUUUGGAGAAAUGUCUGUAUAGAUAGUAUGUCACAUGUCAAAGGAAAUGCUUUCUGUUGCCCGCUAAUGUUGUAUUUGUGGGUAUUUAUAGUUGUAUGUAUGUGCAUAAAUGUGUAGAUUGUGUAUCAGUAUAUGGUAUAUGUAUGUUGAAAUUAUUUUUGUCAAUAACAACCAUUAUAAUAUGAAAAGAACGUUUAAAAACCUCAUAGGAAUGAUUAUAUAGUACAGUUGUUGAGAGUUCAUAUAGUGGUAUUGUUUUAUUAAACUUAAAUUCAAAUGAUAUUUUGAUUAAAUUUUUUAAUAAGACUUUACAAUAGAAGAUUCCAUCUUUAAGCUUUGAAUUACCAGGACAAAAAUGACUUUGAAGUAAACUUGUGAAUCUAUUGAGGUGUACAGUGUGCAAUACAAUGAAAACUUAUUAUAAUUUGGGAAUUCCAGAAGUGUGGGGAAAGGCAGCCUGGGCAGUCUUAGUAUCCUUAGGAUUAAGAGCACUUAAGCAUAAAGUUGAGCUGAUAACUUUGGGCUUAUUACAAAAUGUGAUGCUUUUGAGCUCACGUUCUUUAUUGUUGUAAUUAGUCCAGAAAAAUACAUAGCUUUCCGAAGAACUACAUAAGUACCCAGUGUAUCUUUUAUGUACCGGUGUAUACUUUAGAGUAGAUCAAUCACUCUCCUGGUGCCACAUCCUUACCCCCUUUGUUAUAAAGGAAUAUCACAGAUGAUACUGAAGUCUAUCAGGGCAUCCCAAGAUCGGGUACUGUAUUCCAGGUUCGCAAUUGCACAAUUAACAGCUAGUGUCACAGGUAAAAGGACUUUAGGAACAAGUUAAAACUUUAUUUAAUAUUUUUAUACUUCAGUCUCUUUUUCCUGACUCUCCCCAAAGAAGAGCCACUGGCCUUAGUUCUUUGACGUUAUUGCUUAUAUUAUAGAGUGUAAAUAGUAACUAGAAACUACAGUUUUAUCAACCAGCAUGUUUGGUAUAUUUAAAGCAGCGACUGGGUGUGUUUGAGUGAGCGGUUGGCUGCAGUGUCUUUUGUUUGAACACACUGCCUCGCGUCUUCAUGUCUGAGUCGGAGAAUUGGAACUGCAGGGUCUGGGACCACCAGCUCCAGGCUGCAGACCCAUAUGGGCAGUUACACUUGAGUUUUGUUUUUAUUAACUCUUCAUUCUCGAACUAUUUUUACAAAUAUAUAUUUCUCAAUUUGUUCUUUACGUGUGGUGCGCUGGCUCUGUGGCUGAUCAGCAGGAAUUCCGUGAGAAUAUUUCCUGCUAAGGAUUACUUGUGAUUUGCAGAAAACAGCCAUUUGAUUCAGAAAUCACACAGAAAAUGAGUAGUGGAAAUAAAGUAUAUUUUAGGCCAUAGUUACUUGAAAUGUUUGGAUUUUAAUAUAAAGCCAUGGAAGUUGUAAAGCCAAGUAACCAAUGACAUGGAUAAUAAUAUUCACUCUAGAGAGUAUAUAUCCGUAUUGAAUUUUUCUGUCAUUAGAAUACUUUUUUAAGCUUUAGGAAUAAGAGUAAUUAGACCAAAUUGAAGUGGAAGGGUAAGCUGGCUGUUUUCCACUUGGGGUCGCCAUGUAUGUGUUAAAUCUUCGAAGAGAUUCACUGAUUAACUGUCCUCUUGGGUGUUUAGGGAGAAAAUUGAUAUGCCAAGGAACUCAUCUGUGGAGGGGGAGAGAGAGAGAGAGAGAGAGAGAGAGAGAGAGAGAGAGGGAGAGAGCUUUAAGUUAUACAAAUGUAUGACCUUAAGACGCUGAGGGCCAGAGUAUUCUAAAGAAAUAGUGAACAGAAGCGGUAUAAACUGUAUCACAGAUGUGUCCCAAAAACCAGGGAAGACUGAUGGAGUCCUGCUGUUUGACUGAGUGGCAUCACAUUUUUUUGAGACAUUUUGGGGCUGGGGACACAUGCCAUGUCCUUCCUGGUGGACCACCAACUUGAAGUCUUUCUUGUGACUCCCUGACAGUGGCUCUCCAGCACCCCCACUAGCACUCUGCAGACCAUUCAUUUAAGAGGGCAGUGUACAUGGAGAAGCCUUAUUACCUUCAGAGCCCCAAGUGUGGAUUGCCUGCCCUGGCUUCUCAGCUGCAGGUGAGAGACCUUGCGCUGGAGUGUGCUGAACGGCUGAGCACUUAUCCUUAGGCCAGGGUCUUCAGGAUGAAUGUAGGCAGAAACCCAAUACAAUGUACUUUUGCAGGGGAGAGUUCAGCUCUCACUAGCAGUAACAUGACAAUAAGCUCCUUGUCUUCAAUUCUGAAAGCACUGGUGAUGGAGAAAACUUUGGAGGUUCGCUUUGUGUUUCCCUGUCAGUCUACAUAGCCUUUGAACACACCAGUAAGCCCCAGCCACAGGCUCCAUGAAGGAUCCCAUAGCAGGUCUGAGGCAUUAUGCUGAGCCCUUACCGUGGGCAGUGGGGAGCAGGGUGAUCUCCCCACUCCAGAGCUUCUCCUUGGCCUUUUACUCUGCUCGGGCUUCUGCUCAACAGCAGGUAUAACUGGGUCCUGGACUAUUAAGAAUCCAGCCGUCCCAGUGGCUUGACCCUGUUACAGGCAAGAUAUCAACUCUGAGAGUGACUCAGUCAUGGAGAACGGCACAGUGUAGAGGAUGCUCAGCUUGAAGCUAAGAUGGCAUUCUGUCUUUUCGAAAAACAGAUGGACACGCUGAGUUCUGUUCACUGUCAGCUGAUAUCUUUCCCUUUGCUCCCAGAUUUCCAGAAAUGGAUACGAAUUCAUUUCUGUGGGAAGGGUCAAGGAACAUAAAAUUGCUCAACAGUGCUCUGUUCACGUGAAAGUUGUUGAGCAAAGGCCGACAUGCCUCCCUGCACUCUCUUCUACCUCAAGUGUUUGGAAUUCGCUUCUGGAAGAGACAUUAACACAACGAAGAGUCCAUGUUGUCAGCCUUGGCUUGCGGGAUGCACGUAAGGGUGGCUGUUUCUCGCUUUGAAGAUAAGACAGGCACUGGGCUUUUGUGGCCUAGUCCCUGGCUUCUGUUUACUGUGGCUCCAGCUGAUUGACAAUGCGUAACAUUCCUCUACCUUCAAAGUUUUCUCCACCAGUUGUUUCUGUGUCCCUGCAGAUUGCAAAAGUAAUUAGUGACAAAAAUCAUAGCCUCCCCUUUGCAGUAGCCAAAAAGUCAGUGUUAGCAGACCUGGGAAAGCUAGUGGUACCACACCAUGUACUGAGAACCUACCUGUUCCUUAUCACACACCAGACUCAGAAAUGCCACUUCCAGCUUGUGGCAUUCAUGGUGGUAGUCUUUUGAAUGGAACAGUAAUUUAUGUGGAUAUUGUUAAAGUGUUUAAAGAAUAUUUUGAAAAUUGAGUUUACAUUUUACAAUUGCUUUAUUUUUAUUGAAAUGACUGUAUAUAAAUAUUGCCCUAUGUCACUGUUAUUAAAAUAAACCUAGCCCUCCUAGACAGGUGGGUCAACUGUGUAGAAGCUGUGAUGUAGACAGUACAUUUCUCUCGUGUGUGAGGCCAUGAGGAGAACUGUCCCUGUGGUUUUAUAAGUUGAGGGUAUUUUGUUGUUUUAUAACAACAAGAUUUAUUGCAUUUGAAAUGGUUUUUACGUCAUGGGAAUCAUGCCAACAGUGAAGGAUUACAAUAUGGUAUAUGUAGAUGUACAAACUUUAGAAAGAAAUAAAUACAACAAAUUUCAGUCAUGUUGGGAGAA